CGGCGCGGGGGUUGAGCCGUGGUAGUGCGGACGCGCUCGUGCUCGGGAACUAUCGGAUUAAACUUGAAUCGAGUGCAAUUACACAAAGGAGCGCCGCUGAGGAGGCGACCCGGGGACCCGGAGACCCUGAAACUCGCCAGAGCCGCGUUCGCCCCCGGCCAACUCCGCGCCCGAGGACUCAACCCCCUGGCCGCGGCCGCCGAGCCAACUCCGGAGCCCGCUCUGCGUUUUGUUUCCCUCUCGGCACAGGGCAGCGGAGAAGCCCUCCCGCCCGCCCGACCCGGACCUCUAUCCAGAUUUGCCUGACACUGCAGGGUCCAAGAGAAUUAGAGAAAUAUGGAGUGACAUGAAGAAGAUUAGUCAAGGAUUAUAGGCUCUGAGGACAAACCCUCAGUGAAGUGAAGCACAGACAAGCUCCUGAGCGCUGGUCUGGAGGAGCCGUGUGUUGGGAGAAGAUGGCGGAUCCAGGAAUGAUGAGUCUUUUCGGCGAGGACGGGAAUAUUUUCAGCGAAGGCCUCGAAAGCCUGGGAGAAUGUGGUUACCCUGAAAAUCCCGUGAAUCCCAUGGGUCAACAGAUGCCGAUAGACCAAGGCUUUGCCUCCUUACAGCCGUCCCUCCACCAUCCCUCCGCGAAUCAGAAUCAAACCAAGUUGACCCACUUCGAUCACUAUAAUCAGUACGAGCAGCAAAAGAUGCAUCUGAUGGACCAGCCGAACAGAAUGAUGAGCAAUGCCCCUGGGAACGGACUGGCGUCUCCCCACUCGCAGUUCCACACCCCGCCCGUCCCCCAGGUCCCCCACGGGGCUGGCGGCGGUGGCGGCGGCGGCGGCGGUGGCGGCGGCGGCGGCGGCGGCGGCGGCGGCCAGAUGGGUGUCUACCCCGGCCUGCCGAACGAGCGGCACGGGGGGCAGUCUUUCGUGGACGGCGGCUCCAUGUGGGCUCCCCGGGCCGUGCAGGUGCCGGACCAGAUCCGAGCCCCCUACCAGCCGCCACCGCCACAGCCCCAGGCGGCCCCGUCGGGGCCCCCCGCGCAGGGUCACCCCCCGCACCUGCAGCAGCUGGGCGGCUACCUGGCGCGCGGGGACUUCUCCCUGCAGCAGCACGGGCAGCCGCAGCCGAGGAUGGGCCAGUUUCCCCCGGGCCAGGAGGGCCUCGGUCAGGGAAGCCCCUUCAUCGCCGGCCCCGGCCACCUGUCGCACGUGCCCCCGCAGAGCCCCGGGGUGGCGCCGAGCCUGCGCCACGCGGUGCAGCCCUUCCACCACCAUCCCCCCGCCGCUCUCCACGGGGAGCCCGUAGCCCACAGCCCCCGGUUCUCCCCCAACCCUACCCCGCAAGGGGCCGUGAGGCCGCAGACCCUCACCUUUAGUUCUCGGAGCCAGACCGUCCCCUCACCUACUAUAAACAACUCAGGGCAGUAUUCUCGCUAUCCUUACAGUAACCUAAAUCAGGGAUUAGUUAACAAUACAGGGAUGAAUCAGAAUCUAGGCCUUACAAAUAAUACUCCAAUGAACCAGUCCGUCCCAAGAUACCCCAACGCUGUAGGAUUCCCAUCGAACAGUGGCCAAGGACUCAUGCACCAGCAGCCUAUCCACCCCAGCGGCUCCCUUAACCAAAUGAACGCGCAAACUAUGCACCCUUCGCAGCCUCAGGGAACUUACGCCUCUCCGCCUCCCAUGUCACCCAUGAAAGCAAUGAGUAACCCGGCGGGCACCCCUCCUCCGCAAGUCCGGCCCGGAAGUGCCGGGAUCCCGAUGGAAGUCGGCAGUUACCCAAAUAUGCCUCACCCGCAGCCGUCUCACCAGCCCCCUGGCGCCAUGGGGAUCGGACAGAGGAACAUGGGCCCCAGGAACAUGCAACCGUCCCGUCCGUUUAUGGGCAUGUCCCCGGCGCCGAGGGAGCUGGCCGGGCACCUGAGAGCCAACGGUUGUCCCGGCGUCGGCCUCACAGACCCGCAGGCGAUCCAGGACCGGCUGCUCCCUGGCCAGCAGCACCCCGGGCAGCCGCCGGCCUUCCAGCAGUUGCCAAGCUGCCCUCCGCUGCAGCCCCACCCGGGCCUGCACCACCAGGCUUCGCCCCCGCCCUCGCACCACCAGCCUUGGGCACAGCUCCACCCCUCGCCCCAGAGCGCCCCGCAGAAAGUGCCUGUGCCGCAGGUAAGGGGGCGUGGCCCUGCCCGCCCUGCCGCGUGGGGCGCAGGCGCGAGGAGCCUGACGCGCAGGGCUCCCUCUCAGCCUCGCCAGACGUUGCUUCGUCCCGAGGUCCUUGAGUUCUGCCGUCAUUCUCCAUCGGAGCCCUUUCUAGAGAAACCAGUGCCGGAUAUGACUCAGGUUAGUGGACCGAACGCUCAGCUAGUGAACAGUGAUGAUUACCUGCUGUCCGUAGAACAGCAGCCGCAGCAGAAGAAGAAGAAAAAGAAAAACAACCACAUUGUUGCAGAGGAUCCCAGUAAAAGUUUCGGUAAAGAUGACUUCCCUGGUGGGGUUGAUAACCAAGAACUAAACAGGAACUCACUGGAUGGGUCCCAAGAAGAGAAAAAGAAAAAGAAAAGGCCGAAGGCAAAAAAAGAUCCCAAGGAACCGAAAGAACCCAAGGAGAAGAAAGAGCCCAAGGAACCCAAGACCCCGAAAGCCCCUAAGAUUCCCAAAGAGCCAAAGGAAAAGAAAGCAAAAACUGCCACGCCAAAACCCAAAUCCAGCAAAAAGUCAAGUAAUAAGAAACCUGAUUCAGAAGCAAGUGCUUUGAAGAAAAAGGCCAACAAGGGAAAAACAGAAGGUUCUGAGAAUUCAGACUUAGACAAAACACCCCCAUCAUCUCCUCCUCCUGAAGAAGACGAGGACCCAGGUGUUCAGAAGAGACGGUCCAGCAGGCAGGUGAAGAGAAAGCGGUACACCGAGGACUUGGAGUUCAAGAUCUCCGACGAGGAGGCCGAUGACGCAGACGCUGCUGGGAGAGACUCGCCCUCCACAACCUCGCAGUCGGAGCCGCAGGAAUCUGUUGAUGCAGAUGGUCCAGUGGUAGAAAAAAUUAUGAGUAGUCGUUCAGUAAAAAAACAGAAGGAAUCUGGAGAAGAGGUAGAAGUUGAGGAGUUCUACGUGAAAUACAAAAACUUCUCUUAUCUUCAUUGUCAAUGGGCAUCUGUAGAAGAUCUGGAAAAAGAUAAGAGAAUUCAGCAAAAGAUUAAACGAUUUAAGGCAAAGCAGGGCCAGAACAAAUUCCUUUCAGAGAUUGAAGAUGAGCUUUUUAAUCCAGAUUACGUGGAGGUUGACCGGAUAAUGGACUUUGCACGUAGCACAGAUGACCGGGGAGAGCCUGUGACUCACUACCUGGUGAAGUGGUGCUCACUGCCUUAUGAAGACAGCACGUGGGAGCUGAGGCAGGACAUAGACCAAGCCAAGAUCGAAGAGUUUGAGAAGCUGCUGUCCCGGGAGCCGGAAACAGAGCGCGUGGAGCGACCUCCUGCUGAUGACUGGAAGAAAUCGGAGAGUUCCAGGGAGUAUAAAAACAAUAACAAACUCAGGGAAUACCAGUUGGAGGGAGUAAACUGGCUACUUUUCAAUUGGUACAACAUGCGAAACUGCAUUUUAGCAGAUGAAAUGGGUUUGGGAAAAACUAUCCAGUCCAUUACAUUUCUCUAUGAGAUAUAUUUGAAAGGAAUCCAUGGCCCUUUUUUAGUAAUUGCCCCAUUGUCCACAAUCCCCAACUGGGAAAGGGAAUUCCGGACCUGGACAGAGUUGAACGUGGUUGUGUAUCAUGGGAGUCAAGCUAGUCGUCGGACCAUUCAGUUGUAUGAAAUGUACUUCAAAGAUCCCCAGGGUCGAGUGAUAAAGGGGUCCUAUAAGUUUCAUGCCAUCAUCACUACGUUUGAGAUGAUUCUGACCGAUUGUCCUGAGCUGCGGAAUAUUCCCUGGCGCUGCGUGGUCAUUGAUGAAGCCCACAGGCUGAAGAAUCGGAACUGCAAGCUGUUGGAGGGACUCAAGCUGAUGGACUUGGAACACAAAGUGCUGCUGACAGGGACCCCGCUCCAGAACACCGUGGAAGAGCUCUUCAGCUUGCUUCACUUCCUGGAACCAGGUCGAUUCCCUUCGGAAACCACCUUUAUGCAAGAAUUCGGUGAUCUGAAAACCGAAGAACAGGUGCAAAAACUCCAGGCUAUUCUAAAGCCAAUGAUGUUGAGACGUCUCAAAGAGGACGUGGAAAAGAACUUGGCCCCCAAGGAAGAAACGAUCAUCGAAGUCGAGCUAACAAACAUUCAGAAGAAAUAUUACCGAGCCAUCCUUGAGAAGAAUUUUACGUUUCUUUCCAAAGGUGGUGGUCAAGCUAACGUACCCAACCUUUUAAACACUAUGAUGGAAUUACGGAAGUGCUGCAAUCAUCCCUACCUUAUUAACGGUGCUGAAGAGAAGAUUUUGGAAGAGUUUAAAGAAACACACAAUGCCGACUCUCCAGAUUUUCAGCUCCAGGCGAUGAUCCAGGCUGCUGGGAAGCUCGUGCUGAUUGACAAGCUGCUGCCGAAGCUGAAGGCCGGCGGCCACAGGGUGCUCAUCUUCUCCCAGAUGGUGCGCUGCCUGGACAUCCUGGAAGACUACCUCAUUCAGAGACGGUACCCGUACGAAAGGAUUGACGGCCGGGUCAGAGGGAACCUCCGCCAGGCAGCUAUCGACAGGUUCUCCAAACCUGACUCUGAUAGGUUUGUUUUCCUCCUGUGUACAAGGGCAGGAGGUUUAGGCAUUAAUCUUACUGCUGCUGAUACCUGCAUCAUCUUUGAUUCCGACUGGAAUCCCCAAAAUGAUCUCCAGGCUCAGGCUAGAUGUCACAGAAUAGGACAGAGCAAAUCUGUGAAAAUCUACAGGCUGAUUACAAGGAAUUCUUACGAGAGGGAGAUGUUCGACAAAGCUAGCUUGAAGCUCGGUCUGGAUAAAGCUGUCCUGCAGUCCAUGAGCGGAAGGGAAAACGCUCCCAACGGGGUACAGCAGCUUUCCAAGAAAGAAAUAGAGGAUCUUCUCCGGAAAGGGGCCUAUGGUGCCCUCAUGGAUGAGGAGGACGAAGGGUCUAAAUUCUGCGAAGAAGAUAUCGACCAGAUUCUCCUCCGGCGAACCCACACCAUCACCAUCGAGUCUGAGGGAAAGGGUUCCACGUUUGCUAAGGCCAGUUUUGUUGCAUCUGGAAACAGGACAGAUAUUUCCUUGGAUGAUCCAAAUUUCUGGCAAAAGUGGGCUAAGAAGGCGGAAUUGGAUAUUGAUGCCUUAAAUGGGAGGAACAACCUGGUUAUUGACACUCCAAGAGUGAGGAAGCAAACCAGGCUGUACAGUGCAGUGAAGGAGGAUGAGCUGAUGGAAUUUUCAGACCUGGAGAGCGAUUCUGAAGAGAAGCCCAGCACGAAACCACGGCGGCCGCAGGACAGGUCCCAGGGCUAUGCCAGGAGCGAGUGCUUCCGAGUAGAGAAGAACCUGCUCGUCUAUGGCUGGGGGCGCUGGACAGACAUCCUUUCCCAUGGCCGCUACAAGCGUCCGCUCAGCGAGCAGGACGUGGAAACCAUCUGCAGGACUAUCCUCGUGUACUGCCUCAACCACUACCGGGGGGACGAGAACAUCAAGAGCUUCAUCUGGGAUCUGAUCACGCCCACGGCCGAUGGCCAGACGCGAGCCCUGGUCAACCAUUCCGGUUUAUCAGCCCCGGUGCCCAGGGGGCGGAAGGGCAAAAAGGUGAAAGCCCAGAGCUCGCAUCCAGUGGUGCAGGACGCUGACUGGCUGGCCGGCUGCAACCCAGAUGCCCUGUUCCAGGAGGACAGCUACAAGAAGCACCUGAAGCACCACUGCAACAAGGUCCUGCUGCGUGUCCGCAUGCUGUACUACCUGAGACAAGAAGUGAUAGGAGACCAGGCGGAGAAGAUCCUAGAGGGCGCCGACUCAAGUGAAGCUGAUGUGUGGAUACCUGAGCCUUUCCACGCGGAAGUCCCCACAGAUUGGUGGGAUAAGGAAGCUGAUAAGUCCCUCCUGAUUGGAGUGUUCAAGCACGGGUACGAGAAGUACAAUUCCAUGCGAGCUGACCCCGCGCUGUGCUUCCUGGAACGAGUUGGUAUGCCCGAUGCCAAGGCCAUCGCUGCCGAGCAGAGAGGAACAGACAUGCUAGCAGAUGGCGGUGAUGGGGGAGAAUUUGAUAGAGAAGAUGAAGACCCAGAAUAUAAACCAACCAGAACGCCGUUCAAGGAUGAAAUAGAUGAAUUUGCAAAUUCUCCUCCAGAAGAUAAGGAAGAACCCAUGGAAAUACGCGGCCCAGGCAAGCACAGCGAGGGCAGCGCUGAGUUAGGCCAGCUGUACUGGCCCAAUACCUCGACCCUGACCACCCGUCUGCGCAGGCUCAUUACUGCCUAUCAGCGCAGCUAUAAAAGGCAGCAGAUGAGGCAGGAGGCCCUGAUGAAGACCGACCGGCGGAGACGGCGGCCCCGGGAGGAAGUGCGGGCCCUGGAAGCUGAAAGGGAGGCUAUAAUAUCGGAGAAACGGCAGAAGUGGACGAGACGGGAAGAGGCGGACUUUUACCGCGUGGUGUCCACGUUUGGGGUUAUUUUUGACCCGGCGAAACAGCAGUUCGACUGGAACCAAUUCCGAGCCUUUGCCAGGCUUGACAAGAAGUCCGAUGAGAGUCUGGAGAAGUACUUCAGCUGCUUCGUGGCCAUGUGCCGGCGGGUGUGUCGCGUGCCCGCCAAGCCAGAUGGCGGUAGGUUCGCCGGGCACGGAACAGCGGGGCGUGGGAGGGGCGGGCGCCCUCGGGUGACACGCGCUCCCCCUGCCGCAGAGCCGCCCGACCUGCCCUCGGCGAUCGAGCCCAUCACGGAGGAGCGCGCCUCGCGCACCCUGUACCGCAUCGAGCUGCUGCGGAAGAUCCGCGAGCAGGUGCUGCGCCACCCGCAGCUGGCCGAGCGGCUCCGGCUCUGCCAGCCCAGCCUGGACCUGCCCGAGUGGUGGGAGUGCGGCAGGCAUGACCGGGACCUGCUGGUGGGCGCCGCCAAGCACGGGGUCAGCCGCACGGACUACCACAUCCUCAACGACCCCGAGCUCUCCUUCCUGGACGCGCACAAAACCUUCGCCCAGACCCGAGGGGCGGCCGGCGCCCCGGCCCUGAGCGCGCUGGCCCUGGGCUUUGGCCAGACGCCCGCCGCCGCCGCCACCGCCGCCGCCACCGCCGCCCCGGGCCAGGAGGAGAAGGCGGGAGGGGCGGAGGCCAAGGCCGGGGAGGCGGGGGAGGCCGAGGCAGAGGAGGAGGAGGCCGAGGGCGGCGGGAAGGACCGGAAGCAGGACCGCGAGGCCGAGGCCGAACCCGGCGCUGGGAAGAGCGAUCCGAGAGGGGCGGAGGUCGGUGCGGACAUGGGGCCCAAGUCCAUUUCAGAAAAGGGUUCCGAGGAGGACGAAGAGGAAAAGCUGGAGGACGAUGACAAGUCGGAAGAGUCUUCCCAGCCCGAAGCAGGAACUGUCUCGAGAGGGAAGAAUUUUGAUGAAGAAAGCAAUGCUUCCAUGAGCACUGCUAGGGAUGAGACCCGAGACGGAUUCUACAUGGAGGAUGGAGAUCCGUCCAUAGCUCAGCUCCUUCAUGAAAGAACGUUUGCCUUCUCGUUUUGGCCUAAGGAUCGAGUAAUGAUAAACCGAUUAGACAACAUCUGUGAAGCAGUGUUGAAAGGCAAAUGGCCGGUAAAUAGGCGCCAGGUGUUUGAUUUCCAGGGCCUCAUCCCCGGCUACACGCCCCCCACUGCCGACAGUCCCCUGCAGAAGAGGAGCCUGGCCGAGCUCUCCAUGGUGGGCCAGGCGAGCAUCAGCGGCAGCGAGGACCUCACCGCUUCCCCUCAGUUGUCCAAGGAAGACGCCCUCAACCUCUCCGUCCCUCGCCAGAGGAGGAGGAGGAGGAGGAAGAUCGAAAUCGAGGCCGAGAGAGCUGCUAAGCGGCGAAACCUAAUGGAGAUGGUUGCCCAGCUGCGGGGGAAUCAGGUGGUCUCGGAAAACGGACAGGAGAAAGUUGUCGAUUUAUCAAAGGCCUCGAGAGAGGCAGCAAGCUCUACCUCAAAUUUUUCAUCUCUUACUUCAAAGUUUAUCUUGCCUAAUGUCUCGGCGCCCAUGUCUGAUGCCUUUAAGACUCAAAUGGAGCUACUCCAGGCAGGCCUGUCCCGCACGCCCGCCAGGCAUCUGCUCAACGGCUCCCUCGUGGACGGAGAGCCUCCCAUGAAGAGGAGGCGGGGAAGGAGGAAAAACGUGGAGGGCCUCGACCUGCUGUUCAUGAGCCACAAACGGACGUCAUUGAGUGCAGAGGAUGCUGAGGUGACCAAAGCUUUUGAAGAAGAUAUAGAGACCCCACCUACAAGAAACAUUCCUUCUCCUGGACAGCUGGACCCAGACACGCGGAUCCCUGUUAUAAAUCUCGAAGAUGGGACUAGGCUGGUGGGGGAAGAAGCUCCUAAAAAUAAGGACUUAGUCGAGUGGCUGAAGCUGCAUCCCGCUUACACUGUUGAUAUGCCAAGUUACGUACCAAAGAAUGCAGAUGUGCUGUUUUCCUCAUUUCAGAAACCGAAACAGAAACGACACAGAUGUCGAAACCCUAAUAAAUUGGAUAUAAACACUUUGACAGGAGAAGAAAGGGUGCCUGUUGUCAAUAAACGAAAUGGGAAGAAGAUGGGUGGAGCUAUGGCGCCUCCCAUGAAGGAUCUACCCCGGUGGCUGGAAGAAAACCCCGAGUUUGCAGUUGCCCCAGACUGGACCGAUAUAGUCAAGCAGUCUGGUUUCGUUCCUGAGUCGAUGUUUGACCGUCUUCUCACCGGACCCGUGGUGCGGGGAGAAGGGGUGAGCCGGCGGGGACGGAGGCCCAAAAGUGAAAUCGCCCGCGCCGCCGCCGCCGCCGUGGCCUCCACGUCGGGCAUCAACCCCCUGCUGGUGAACAGCCUGUUCGCUGGGAUGGACCUGACGAGCCUGCAGAGCCUCCAGAACCUCCAGUCUCUGCAGCUGGCCGGCCUCAUGGGCUUCCCUCCGGGCCUGGCCACGGCCACAGCCGCUGCCGCCGCCGCCGGAGGAGACACCAAGAACCCGGCCGCCGUGCUGCCCCUGGUGCUGCCGGGCGUGGCCGGCCUGCCCAGCAUGUUCGGGCUGGGCGGGCUGCUGAACACCCCGCUGUCCGCCGCCGCCGCCGCAGCCGCAGCUGCCGCCGCCGGCAACACCGCGGCCGCGGCCGGCCCCGCGGAGCCGGAAGACGGCGCGUGCAAAGCGGAGGAGAAGGGCAACGAGAACGAGGACGAGAACAAGGACUCGGAGAAAAGCACAGACGCCGUUCCGGGCCCGGACUCUGCGAAUGGAUCUGUUGGUGCUGCUACUGCCCCGGCCGGCCUGCCCUCCAACCCGCUCGCCUUCAACCCCUUCCUCCUGUCCACCAUGGCCCCGGGCCUCUUCUACCCGUCCAUGUUUCUACCUCCGGGACUGGGGGGAUUGACGCUGCCGGGCUUCCCCGCCUUGGCGGGACUGCAGAACGCCGUGGGCUCCGGCGACGACAAGGCUCCCGACAAGGCUGAGGGGGGCACCUUUCAGGAAGAGGAGACCCUCGAGGGCAGCGACGCCGAGGAGAGCCUGGACAAGACGGCGGAGUCCUCAGUCUUAGAAGACGAGAUAGCACAGGGCGAAGAGCUAGACUCACUCGACGGGGGGGACGAAAUAGAAAACAAUGAAAAUGAUGGAUAACCAGUACCAGUUUUCAGUUAAAGUGUUUAAAACUUUUGACAAGUGGUAGUCCUACUGUUUACACUCACAGUUAAUGUUCAUACCUAGUUUUAUAAGCUGUUCUGUAACAUAGUGUAGCAAAAGAAAAAAAAAGUCCAAGUCAUGUUAUACAGGUGUGUCAAAAGGUAUCUUGGUCAUUAAGUAUUGUGCAGUGCAUUAUUUAUUAUCCCUAGGAGAGAUGAAAUUUGAGAGAUGAUCGUGUCUUUUUAAGGAAACUUACAUAAUGCUCUGCUUUUUUUUUUUUCUUUUCCUUUGGUACCAUUGGUAUUAUAAUAAAGAGCAAUUUGUAACCAAGUGGCACGAAUGAAAGGAAGUGCUGCUCAAAGGAAGUAUGAAGUUAUAUAUUUAAUUUUUUAAUUUUAAUUUUUUUGCUGUGAAGGUCAAGAUGAAAUUUACCAUACAUAUCAUCCUUGCUCAUUUGUUUCCCUUUUUGACUACACGGGGGUUCCCGCACUUGCGCAUCACACACAUCCACACACUCUGACAAUCUCCACCUUAGUGUGAACGUCUCUGUCCCGAGGCGCAGCAAUAAUAAGGCAGCUGUUGAAUGUGAAGGGUCCCUUUGGAAAUUAACCUACUGGGAGGGUUCUUGCCAGACAGAACUGCAGUUCCAUUGUCUCGUGGUCUUGUAAUGCACUGGUAUAAACAAAAUAAAUAGAUGAAUAAAUAAAGAGUGAGAGAAGAGAGAAUCAGGUACCUUUUUUAAAUUAAAGGACUUCGUUACUUUAGCCACAAGCUAAAACAGCAUUACCUCAGCUCUAAACUAGCCUUGAAGUUUACAGACAUGACUUUGUAAAUGUAUUGUUUUUCUUUGUUGUGAUGUCCUUUUAUUUUUUUUCCUUUGAAAACUGCUAUCAUGUAAGAUAAAAUGUAAAUUGCUGCCAACUGUAGUAAUGAUGCUUUUAAUAAAAGUGACCCAUGAUAUGCAGAGAUGUAAGUAUAGAAUGUAGUAGCGUAGGGGAACUGGUUUCACUCUAUUUUUUGUAUUCGCAAUAGAUGCAAAUACAGCAUUCUGGCCUUUGUA